GAGAGAGAGAGAGAGGUAUAUAAAGAGAGCUGGCCUGUGAGAUGGGCAUCAGUCUUCUCUCACUCUCUCUCACUCACUCACUGGGAGCGUGCAGAUGGCGUCCUACAAGGCAAUGGUAGUGGUGGCGGUGGUGGUGGUGGCUGGGCUCAUUACCCCAGCCACCUCACGACCUCAGCAGACCAAACCCGGACGACCGAAACCCCACGGACCACCCCACGGGCACCCCCACGCAGGACCGCAGUUUGUCCACGUGCAAGCCCCUAUCCCACAGCUGCCACCAGUUCACGCCGGCCAGGGCCCAGUGCACGGACAGACUGCUAAUGCUUUCCUGCAGGGCUUCCCAGGUGGUCCAGGCGCCACAUUGGUCCAGCAGCCCCCAAGCAUUGAGAUCCUUCCCAAUGGUCAGAGAAUAGUACAGCCAGUGAGUCUCGAAGUAGCACCACACGGACCACAGCCAGUUAGCUACGAGAUCCUUCCUGACGGCCGAAGAGUGAUCGCUCCUAUCAGUCUGGAAUUGGGUGUGCAUGGAGGACCUGGAGGGGUGAUUGGGACCCCUGGAGCAGCCGUCGGACACUUCCCAGCCCACGUUCAGCCUGCAAACUUCCCAGGGGCACCUCAGCCAAACUUCCAGGGACAGAGUUUCCAGCCUAACUUCCAGCAGGUGUACCCCGGGGCUCCCGCUCAAGGCUUCCCCCAGGGGCAGCAAGGACAUGGGGGAGCAGCGACCCCCUCUGUUGACGUGAGGGGGGCGGGAAAUGGAAAAACUACUCCUUAAAUUGACCUAAACUAUCUUUUUUUCUUUUUUACUUCUCUCUCUCUCUCUCUCUCUCUCUCUUUCUCUCUCUCUCUCUGGUAUUUAUUCCCUCCCCGCCUCCCACCAACACACGCACGCACGCACGCUCGCACAUCAUAGUUCACCUGUGUGUGUGUGUACGUGUGUGUGUGUGCGUGUGUGUAUACCGGCUGUGUGUAUCCAUGUACGUUUUUCUAUGCAUACAUUGUUGAAUAAAUGAGAAGACAUG